UCUCCUCCUCUCGCAGCUAACAUGUCUGUCUCCAUGGUAACGGACUCGUACCCGUCAGUCGGCUGGUCAGUGGUGUCCGUGACCCCGGCGGGUACGAACGCCUCGGACUGGGAGCGUGACGCCGUUCUGGCGGUGGCAGAGGUUGUGGUGCUGGCCGUCAUCUUGGUGAUGGCGCUGCUCGGCAACGGGCUGGUGCUGGUGGUGUUGCUAAGGCGGAGACGACACCACAACCCACUGCACCAGUUCAUGCUCAACCUCUGUCUGGCCGACCUGGUGGUGGCGCUGUUCCAGGUGCUGCCCCAGCUGGUGUGGGAUGCUAAAGGGCGUUUUCCCGGCCCAGACUUCCUGUGUCGCCUGGUGAAAUACCUGCAGGUCCUCGGGAUGUUCGCCUCCUCCUACAUGAUCGUGGCCAUGACGGUGGACCGGCACUACGCCAUCUGCUGCCCUCUGCAGGCGCACCGCAGCGGCGCCACCCAACGCUGGAACAGCUUCAUACUGCUGGCGUGGGGGCUGUCGCUGCUGCUCAGCCUGCCACAGGUUUUCAUCUUCUCCCGGUCAGAAGUGGCUCCAGGGGUCUACGAGUGUUGGGGCACCUUUGCCGAGUCCUGGGGCCUCAAAGCAUACGUGACCUGGAUGACCCUGGCCGUCUUCAUCCUCCCCGCCCUCGUCAUCACGGUCUGCCAGGUGCGAAUCUUCAAGGAGAUCCACACCAACCUGUACCUGAAGUCAGUGCGCCGCCUGUCCCCCGCCUCCCUCGCUCCGUCCAGACGGGACAGCCAGAGGGGAGGAGGAGUAGGCGGGAGCAGAGGGAGGUCCAGUAUGUCUCUGUAUGUUUCACCACUCAUGUUCAACAACCCUGGGAGUGACACCCGCUGUGACCCUGGGUCCGUCUAUCAGCACCUGCCCAUGGGUCCCAUCAGGCCCAGCAGCAUCAUGUCACACUGCGACAUUCACACCUACAAGGCUGUUCACGCAGCUGAGCAGUCGCCUGACGUGCUGCCUGAGCCUGUAGCGCCGUCUGCCGUCUGCUGCCCCCCGCCCAAAGCCCCCCCGGCCCGUGGCGGAGAGGUAACGGCGGCCAUGUCAAAGACAGUGAGGAUGACGUUGGUCAUUGUGCUGGUCUACUCGCUCUGCUGGGCCCCGUUCUUCAGCGUCCAGCUGUGGGCCGCCUGGGACCCCGACCCCCCUCAGAACGGUGCAGUGUUCACCCUGCUGAUGCUGCUGGCCAGUCUGAACUCGUGCACUAACCCCUGGAUCUACUCCGCCUUCUCCAGCAGUGUUUCCCCGGAGCUCCGUCUGCUGCUCCUCUGCCGCUCACACUCACAGCGCCGGGGAUCGAUACCCAACGACUCCACCACCACACACACCUCCAACUACUGACCGAUCCUGCCACACACACCU